UGUGUGAGUGUCGGCUGGGUGCCUGUCUGACCCAUGGUUUCGGUCUUCUGUCUGUCUGUUGCAGGUAUUGAUGCCAACAUCACAGACUGCCAGGGAAGGACAGCUCUGGAGAUCCUCAGAGAACACCCCGCACAGAAGUCCCAGCAAAUCACUGCACUCAUGCAAGAAUAUAUGAUGGAGGAGAUGAUGGACAAUAAGAGUGUGUUGAUGGAGGAACCUAUUUGCCAGUGUCCUGUCCCCACACCUCGCACAUCUAUCCCCUCUCCCUCCGCCUCCCCCUCCCUCAGGCACAAAAAUGAUGCUGUGACAGGGGAGCUCUCCAAGCUGCUAAAUGAGAUGAAGAUGUGUCGGGACAGAGACUACUCCUUUGAGGAGCUCUGCCAGACCAUCUCAUCCCACUCUCAUUCCAUGGAGAGCUUUGGCAGCGGUCACCUAUCAGACGAGGAGCGACGCAGUAACGGCACCCUGAGCAGAGUCAGAAAGCGGCCCCUCCCCACUUCCCCCAGCCCAGGGAGGAAGAGGAGGGAGAAGAGCUGUGGCCCUGCUGGGUUCUGGGAGGCCCUCACACCCUGCAACGGUUGUCACAACCUUGGCUUCUCAGCGUGUCACAG